AAGCAUUAAAGGUUUAGUCUUAGUUUCGUCGCCAUGGCCAGCAGAAGGGGAAUCACAUGCGGAGCCGUUCUAGGGCUUUUCAUCUUGGUAGCUUCCAUUGAAGCCACUCAGUUAAGCCGCGAUGAGAGCCGAGAAGACCAAAGAACGGAGUUUAACCUGGCGUCCACCCUGACUGGAGGCAUCUCCAGCAGUCGCCACCGCCAGGGUGCUCUUCUUAACACCAAUCUUUAUCCACCUUUGGGCCUGGUAGGAGCUGGAGGAGGUUACACCGGAGCAGCUGGAUCAGUAGGGUCUUCUGGAAGCAUUGAUGCUGCCCAUGGUCAUGAAAGUGGAGGAUCUGGAGUGAGAUUGGCCAGUACGAACAAUGUCGUUUUCCCUGGCGCCCACUCACCAAACCCUGGUGUAACCAUUGCAGGAGGACAACCGGCUCCGGCAUAUCCCCCACCCGGAUUCCCAGGGCAGCAGGUUCCGGUUCCAUAUCCAACAGCACCCGCGUAUCCGGCAGGAGGAGCUUCAUACCCAGGGGUCCCCGCCGUGUAUCCUGCCUCAAGUGGUCCUGCGGCCUAUCCGGCUAUGGGUGCCCCUCAGCCUCCAGUGCAAUUACCUGGCAGUGUCCCAGCCCAACCUGGAGUGGCUCCGGGCUACUAUCCCGGUUAUCCCUAUCCAGGAACAUACUUGCCACAAUAUCCAGCUUAUCCGCAGCCAGCUCAGUUACCUGCUUAUGGCGUAGCUCCAGGAGCAGCAGUCUAUCCACCGGCCACAAGCACCCAGAACGUGCACCGAUAUCCUGAUCAUAACCCACGGGAUCCCAAUCACUGGGAUCACCACUUCUCCAUGAACACCGAGUAUAAGGAGGAUGGAGUUCACAAGGGAGCCUUCGGAGUCCUGAAUAACCACAAUGCCUUUGGUUAUGGCAGCGGCUAUGGGGGCGGCUAUAAUGGAGCCUUCAACUCGGGGGCUAUCUAAGAACCUGAACGGUGUCACGGGAGAAUUUACAGGAGGAGGAGGAGGAGAAGGAGUGAGGUCUGUCAUCCGAGUCGUAGUCAUAAGUUGGCUGCUCCCCCUUUUUGCUAGCCGAGGGGCAGCUGCCGUAUCUUUAAUAAGAAAUAAACUCGAUUUCUGCACACCCAA